AUGUCUAAAGCCAAGGAGCAUGAUUCUGACGAGAGUGAUGGGGAGUUUGUUGAUGCGAAUGAAUGGCAAGAUGGCGAUGAGGAUGAGGAUGAUGGUAUGGAGAUCGUAGGACCUCCUGCUGGACUUCUUAGAGGCACCGCUGCCGCAUUCCCAUCUUUGACCUCUACCUCGAACUCCGCAACCCAAGGUUCUCGCGUUCCCCUCGCAUCCGUUACUCAAGCCGAUUCCGACUCCGAUUCCAGCUCUGACUCUGAAGCCGAAGCCCAUCCUCCCUGCCCACGAUGCGUGAGAGCUAGACGCCUCGGAAAAUUCCCCUGCGUCGGUGGUCCACCUUGUCAACCAUGUGUUGGCAGUGGUUUUGAUACGGCUGAUCAAUGCCUAGAGCCUGAGCCUAAGGACGGGCGCACAGCAGCCGGUCGAGGCACUGGUUGGAGACCACCACAGGUAGGAAAGGGUCGCUUUUGUGCAAAGAACCAGAAGAAAUACAAGGACAGUCGUAGCAAGGUCAAGGGUAAGAAGACCAAACCUCGAUUCCCAGAACCGAAGUCUACUAAGCCGCAACCUACUAUGAGAAAGCACCGACGUGGUGGAGGUGGCGGUCGUGGAGGAAGAGGAGGCUCGGGAAUUGCGGUCUAG